ACAAAACGGGAAUCACCUUUCUUAGUUGAAUAUCAAGGGUCAGAGGGUAUCGCGCCACCUGUUCAGUUUACUGUGGUCUGCUUAUACAAGUGCACACAUACUAUUCACUUUUAAUGCCAGCCUUCCCUAAACUCGUUGAGUGGUCCCUAACACCUUUUCACCGUGGUAGCAGAGGAAGUGGUGUUUAUCCCUGCUUCCUGUGCUGUGUUUGGCUGUGUGUGGAAAGAUGUAAAGAUGGCGGAGCUACAGAUGCUGUUGGAAGAGGAGAUCCCGGCUGGACGGAGAGCCUUGCUCGACAGUUACACCAAUCUCGAAAGAGUCGCAGAUUAUUGCGAGAACAACUACAUACAGUCUGUAGAUAAACACAGAGCCCUAGAAGAAACCAAAAAUUACACAACCCAGUCUUUGGCGAGCGUUGCCUACCUGAUAAACACCUUAGCCAACAAUGUCCUCCAGAUGCUGGAUAUCCAGGCGUCCCAGCUGCGCCGCAUGGAGUCCUCCAUCAACCACAUCUCUCAGACGGUGGACAUUCACAAAGAGAAAGUGGCCAGGAGGGAGAUUGGCAUCCUGACGACCAACAAGAACACCUCGAGAACUCACAAAAUCAUUGCACCCGCCAACCCGGAGAGACCUGUGCGCUACAUCCGGAAGCCCAUCGAUUACACGAUGCUCGAUGACAUUGGCCAUGGAGUGAAGUGGUUGCUUAGAUUUAAGUGGAAGAGUACAGGUCCCUUCUACAGAAGAAAGGUCAGCACACAGAACAUGAAGAUGGGUGGUCUCCCGAGAACCACCCCACCCACCCAAAAACCUCCAAGCCCACCAGUGUCAGGGAAAGGAACGAUUGGGCGACACUCUCCUUAUCGAACCCUAGAACCUGUUCGCCCUCCUGUGGUUCCCAACGACUACGUGCCGAGUCCGACACGCAACAUGGUGCCCACUCAGCAACAGAGCCCGGUUCGAACUGCUUCUGUAAACCAGAGGAACCGCACAUACAGCAGCAGUGGGAGCAGUGGAGGCAGCCACCCGAGCAGCCGGAGCAGCAGUCGAGAGAACAGUGGGAGCGGAAGUGUAGGCAUCCCCAUCCCCAUCGCUGUGCCCACCCCAUCCCCACCCAGCGUCUAUCCAGCCUCUGCUGGCUCAGCUGGUACACCACCUGCCCCUGCGCCCCCGAACCCUCCCCCUCCUGCCCCUGCCCCCUCUCCCAACCCUCCCUCGGAGGUGGCUGCAGGAGCCAAGCAGUCUACUGCUGACUGCUUCACCUCUCCGACUCCCACUGCUGCUACUGUAACUACUCCUGCUCCUGUGACAGGUCAAACUCCCCAGUUCUACAGUAUGAACAGACCAGUGUCCCGACAUGCUGCACCAACAACAGGGGGGUCUCUGCCCUACAGGCGCCCUCCUUCAGUCCUGUCCCAGACCAGCCUGCAGAACCACAUCAAUGGAGGCCCCUAUUGCAACCAGAGUCAAUCCUCCCUUGCUCCCCCACCCCCCUCUGUCCUACAGAUCACUCCACAGCUCCCGCUGAUGGGCUUCGUGGCGCGGGUUCAAGAGAACAUUUCAGACGCUCCCCCGCCCCCUCCCCCUGCGGACGAGCCUGUGUUUGACGAGUCCCCGCCCCCACCCCCUCCCCCAGAGGACUAUGAAGAGGAGGAGUCUGCAGUGGUGGAGUACAGUGACCCCUAUGCAGAGGAGGAUCCUCCAUGGGCUCCGAGGACCUACCAAGAAAAGGUUGUGGCGAUCUACGACUACUCGAGGGACAAGGAGGAUGAGCUGUCUUUCCAGGAGGGUUCCAUCAUCUACGUGAUCAAGAAGAACGACGACGGCUGGUACGAAGGGGUCAUGAAUGGCACAACGGGCCUCUUCCCUGGGAACUAUGUGGAGUCGAUCAUGCAUUACGCCGAAUGAGCCUGGCGCUCCCCCGGCAGUGUUACUUUGGAUAAGGGAGGAACAGUGGGGAGGGGGUGGGGUCCUUAAAGAUCCGAAAGGCUUGAGGAGAUCCAAAGUAAAUCACGCACACUCUGAAAAAACAAGCAAAAAAAGAAAAUUGCAGAAAAAAAUGAAGGGUACUAUUGUAAUAAAACCACUGUCUUUUCUUUAUUGUACGAAGAAAUGGAUUGAAGUGGUGUGAGGUGUUUGAACAAAGCUCUUCCUGCAGCCGGGAGCAACCCAGGAGGGGUUUAUUUUUUGGUCAAGCAAGCUGACGCACUUACACCUGGAGACUGUGUGUGGGGGUUGACCGAUAUACACUUAUUUGACUUUUGUUACUAUUAAAAUUUGAAAAGGGUCCACUAAUCUCCAUGAAAUGUCAAUCAACAAACAGCGAUCUUGAUUUAAAAGGGAUUGUAACCAUACUGGGUGACAGUUUCUCUAGUGUGUGUGUGUGUGUGUGUGUUUUUUUUUUUUGCUUUGGUUGCAUUAUAGGGACUGAAUACUGGACACUGCAAACAGUUGGCUUGAAACUGGCUCAGAAAUGCCUAAAGGAUUACAGGAAGGAGCUGGCAUGUCUUUUCAAUGCCAUUUGGUUAUAAGGUGUCCUUUUGUAGGUUGUAGUUGUGUUAAGCUUUAGUAAUGGUUUUCCUCUCAUUGCAUUGGGUCUUGGGGUACAUAGUACAAGGUUAAGGGAGACAUAUUUCAUAUGUACAAAUUUCCAAAAACAAGGUUUAAAAAAAUAUAUAUAUAUAUUUCCUAGAACAUUCAUUUAAGAAGCAAGGAUCAGGACUGAAAAGAUGGAAAGUCGCAUUGUUCAGAUCUGAAACCUACAUUGCAAAUCAGAGAGCUCUUGGCCAUUCUUCCUUGCUUGCGGUCUACUGAGUUUUGCACCACUCUAAUUUGUACCUAUUUUCAAGGAUACUGGAGAACAAUGUGCAAACAAAUCUGCAUGAGGUUGUUGAGGGAAUGGGAAAGAAAUACUAUUUUUAGUUCCACCCCAAGCUAAUGAUUUAGAUAAGUCAUAAUUGUAGUGGUCCUUUUAUUGCUAAAAUAGUUUAGUCUUUAUUAAUUUGCUUUACAGAAUUUGUGUUCCUAUAUUUUGCUGAACUCUGCUGAUUUUUAUAGAUCGGUCACCCCCCACAGUUAUUCGGUACUACUUGUGUAGAUAGUUUAUUGGGUUUAUGCAUUCUUUUUUUAUAUAUAUAUUUUUUUUUAUUAUGAUUUCUUUUGACUGGUUAGAAAGCUAUUGUGGACUGGAUCUGAACUACAGCCCAAUUCAUUUGAAACCUUGUGUAUGUAGAGCUCUAUAGACUGCAUGCUAUAAUAAAACACCAUUUGAAAUUCCUGCUUUACAUUUCACCCUCAAUCAUUUUUCUUUCUAGUUUUCUAAUUGAUUUUUCUGAUUUGAUUUGAAAGCCAAGAAGACGACUCACUGGGGAGCUAUGAUUUUCUGGUCUUUUCUUGUUGGCAAACUGUUCUUUUCGUAGUCAAGAACAAAUGGGAACUGUGUUCAAAGCAACAUGUUUCUGAACCCUACAAUUUAAAAAAAUAAUAAUAAAUCAAUGAAAUGUC